AUGGCGAUCGGGAUCCUGAUCAAGGACAAGAACCUGCCUUUGUGCUGGGAGGAGGCGCUCGUGCAGCGGCUUAGGAGGAGAGAGCUGAGGUUUUCGGUUGAAAGGAGCGAGGAGUGUUCUCGGAGCCGGAAGAGGAUAAAGAAGGACAAGGAGAGGAAGAGGAGAAAGGACAGCCGCAAGAGCAAGUCCCACCAGAAGGACUACAAGAGGAGGGCAGAUCGCUCUCCGAGUGCGAGGCCAAGGAGCGAAGCACGGAAGAAGAGCAGAGAGGAGACGCCCCUGGAGGAGUCAGGGCUGCCGAAGGAGGAGACUGAGUUGGAGAAGGUAAAAAGGGAGAGGCCAAGGCCCGCAGCUGCGGGAGGAGAGAUGAGGAGACCGGCAGGUGCUGGAGGUGUUGGGGCCGACCCUGUACGCCGACCAGUUGAUGCGCGAAGAGUGGAUGAGGAUGGUGGCGAGUUGGACGUCAAGGACAUGUCCGUGGAUGCUCUCAUGAGCCUCAAGAAGGUCUUGAUCACCAGUGGCACUGCCGUGUACAUUCCUGUGAAGAACAUUGUGGUGGUGAGCUCGUGGAUGAUCCGUGAGCUGCUGGACCAUGUGGCAGACCAGCUCGCCCAGGUCACAAUCCCGGAGCACCACGCAGAGGGCAUGACGCCCGACCUCUCCUCGCGCGACCUCACCAUGCUGGCGCACGCCUACGCCAGGCUACACAGCCGGAGACCUGGCGGUUGA